CCUGGCCCAGGUAUCGUGUGCUGCGCGCUCUGGACAUCGGCCAGUACAACUUGGAGAUCUCCAACGCGGGGCUGUCUGAUGACUCCCUGUACGAGUGUCAGGCCACGGAGGCCGCGCUGCGCUCCAGGAGAGCAAAACUCAAUGUGCUCAUCCCCCCCGAGGACCCGGUGGUGGACGGCUCCCCGGAGCUCCUGCUGAUGGCUGGGACUUCGUUCAACCUGACCUGUGUGACCCGCGGGGCCAAGCCUGCAGCGCACAUCCAGUGGACCAAGGAUGGAGUCCCGGUGGAGGGAGCCCACCAGUCCACG